GCACACAGAAAACAAACAGAGAGGCAAUUCACAAUGUGACCAUAAUGUUGCCGCUUCCCCAGGGGGCUAGGUUAUCACUUUGCAUUGCAGAAUGAUUCCAGGUUUUGAGAACUUCAUGCAAGAUGUACUGUGGUGCUUCAGUCAAGUGAAAGGAACUACUGACAUCGGUCUGAUAGAAGAUAUAUUUUGCUGGAAGAUGAAAUGCUUUUCUCGUUACCUGCCUUACCUCUUCAGACCUCCGAACACCAUCCUCUCUUCCAGCUGCCACACUGAAGCUGACAUUAUCUCUACAGUAGAAUUCAACCACACAGGAGAAUUACUAGCGACAGGGGACAAGGGGGGUCGCGUUGUAAUAUUUCAGCGUGAGCAGGAGAGCAAAAAUCAGCCCCAUCGCAGGGGAGAAUAUAAUGUUUACAGCACAUUCCAGAGCCAUGAACCUGAGUUCGAUUACCUGAAGAGCUUAGAGAUAGAGGAGAAGAUCAAUAAAAUACGAUGGCUCCCACAGCAAAAUGCAGCCUACUUUCUUCUCUCUACCAAUGAUAAAACUGUGAAACUAUGGAAAGUCAGUGAACGAGACAAAAGACCAGAGGGCUACAAUCUUAAAGAUGAAGAUGGACGGCUCCGAGACCCCUCUACAAUUACCACACUACGGGUACCUGUACUAAGGCCCAUGGAUUUAAUGGUGGAGGCAACUCCCAGGAGAGUAUUCGCAAAUGCACACACAUAUCACAUCAACUCUAUAUCUGUGAACAGUGACUAUGAAACCUACAUGUCAGCAGAUGACUUGAGGAUAAACUUAUGGAACUUUGAAAUAACCAAUCAAAGUUUUAAUAUUGUAGAUAUAAAACCAGCAAACAUGGAGGAGCUGACAGAAGUGAUUACAGCUGCAGAGUUCCAUCCACACCACUGCAACACCUUUGUCUACAGCAGCAGCAAGGGGACGAUAAGACUGUGUGACAUGCGAGCAUCCGCCCUGUGUGACAGGCACUCCAAAUUUUUCGAAGAGCCCGAGGACCCAAGUAACAGGUCAUUUUUUUCUGAGAUCAUCUCUUCAAUUUCUGAUGUUAAGUUCAGUCACAGUGGGAGAUACAUCAUGACCAGGGACUAUCUCACCGUCAAAGUGUGGGACUUGAACAUGGAGAAUAGGCCUAUUGAGACAUACCAGGUUCAUGAUUACCUCCGCAGCAAGCUGUGCUCCCUCUAUGAAAACGAUUGCAUUUUUGAUAAAUUUGAAUGUGUGUGGAAUGGGUCUGACAGUGUCAUCAUGACCGGCUCAUACAACAAUUUCUUUAGAAUGUUUGAUCGCAACACCAAGCGAGAUGUGACCCUGGAGGCCUCAAGGGAAAACAGCAAACCACGUGCCAUCCUGAAGCCCCGCAAAGUUUGCGUGGGGGGCAAACGGAGGAAAGAUGAAAUUAGCGUGGACAGUCUGGACUUUAGCAAAAAGAUCCUGCAUACAGCUUGGCAUCCUUCAGAAAAUAUCAUAGCAGUGGCAGCAACAAAUAACCUGUAUAUAUUUCAGGACAAGGUUAACUAGGAGGGGAAAAAAAGAUAAUUCCUUAGGAAUCUUAUGUACUGAAUACUAGCAAACACAAGUUUUUAAGUGUUUCUUCUGUUUUCUUCUCUUCCUCCUCCUUCUCCUCCUCCUCUUUGUUUAUUUCAUUAUUCCUCUGCAGACAUUAAUUAUGCAGAGGUAAGCAUUCAGAUUCCAGUGUCUAUUGAUUUUCCCCAAAUCUUAAGAAAUUGGGUUGGUAAAGCCCUAUUAGGAACAUUUGACUUCUCAGUAUUGAGAGCUAUCAAGUUACACCAUUAAUUCAACAGCAGGCUUGAAUUACUUAUGCUUUCAUUUUACCCAGUACGCGCUAGUAGGUUUAGUUCCUUUACAAAUAUUGUUCUAGAGACACCUGCCAAUUUAUAAUGCAGUUAAGAUUAUAGUAAUAUAUUUACAAAAAAAAAAUCCAUCAAGGCCAUAAACAAGGAUGUAUUGCAUUAAGCUCUCCUAUUUUUGAUUUUGGAAAUAUCCUUUUGUUCUACGCCUACCCCCAAAGAGGAAUUAAAUUUCCUUUGCCAGUUCAUUUCUUGUAAUUGACCUUUCCCCUUUUUUACCUGGCAUAUUCCUUUUGUCAACUCAGGGCCUUUCCAGAUGACUAUUUAUUGUGUACAUUUAUCACACAAUGAGCAUUUUACUGUAACUCAGUUGUUAUGAGAAGUGCAUAUGUAUUUUUGCCCCAGCUGGCUAUUUUUGUCUGGGAAAAUGCAAUUUACAUUCCCACUCCCCCACAACUAGAGGACUCGUCGUAUUUUGAAGUACUAU